CUAGAGUACAUACGCUUCUUUUUCGUCAGGAGGGAGGUGGAGGUGGAGGUGGAGGUGUGAGGGAGGACCCUUAUUUCCUCGCGUUCGCCACCUGCCGUGGCGCAUCGCAUCGCGCAUCACAUCACCGCAUCAGCGCACCAUGACCUCACACUUCGUAAUGAUCGUAAUGAUGGCCUGGCUGGCUGGUUGGCUGGUACUUGAAAGUUGAAACUUCCAGCGCGGCGGAAUGCACACCCUCCUCCUUGCAUAAAGCUGUGGCCCAGCCCUCCCCCACCCCCCUCGCAUCUGACUGCUGCACGGAAACAAAACUAUAUUCGGAACGAACGAACAGGAAAAGAUAAGAUGGAUACGCUCGCGAAAGUCAUUCAUGACACGGUCGGUGUGUUCACCAGUAAGACCGACGAUGGACCGUCGCACGACGAGGUGCUUGCCGAGGAGCGGAGGCGGAAGGAGGAGGAGAAGGAGGCACUAAACCGGGGUGGCAAAGAGGAAAAGGAAACGCAGGAGGUGAAGGAAAGGGAAGAGGAGAUUGUUGCAAGCAAGACGGAGGUCACGGGUGUGCAGAAGGGGGAUUGGAUUUUGUUGACUGGUGCGUCUGGAUUCGUUGCUGCGCACGUCAUCUCGGCGCUGCUCAACGCAGGGUACAAUGUCAAGUGCGCGGUUCGAUCACCGUCGAAGGCAGACGACAUCCGGAAGCUUCGGCCGCUGCAGAUGGAGAGUCUGUCGUUCGUGGUUAUCGAAGACUCCACAGUGCCAUGGGCGUACGAUGAGGCUGUCAAAGGGGUGAAGGGGGUGAUCCACACGGCCUCCCCCUCUGUACCCAACGGCCCGAUCGACAACCGCCUCACGCUGCUGGACCCGGCGAUCCGGGGGACCACAAACCUCCUCGCCUCCAUCUUGCAGUACAAUCCCGAGUGUAGACGGGUAGUGAUGAGCUCCAGCUUCGCCGCGAUCGUCAGCCCCGACGCCGGCCUGCGCCCGGACUACACAUACAACGAACUCGACUGGAACCCGAUUACGUAUGAGGAGGCGGCGCGCGCUCCCGAGUCGAUCGCCUACAGCGCCGCCAAGAUCCUCGCCGAGCACGAGGCGUGGGACUUCAUGGAGAAGCACACGUCCGCGCACUCCACCAGCCGCCCGGGGUUCUCGCUAGCCACCGUGUGCUGUCCCAUGGUGUACGGGCCGAUCGAGCACCACACCCGGCUGGACACGCUGAACACCAGCACGGCGGAUAUCUACCGGCUCAUCAAUGGCAGCGAGAAGUCCGUACCGGAGACGAAGAUGUACGCGUGGGUGGACGUGCGGGAUGCGGCGGAGGCACACGUGCGCGCGCUGGAGGCGCCGCGGAAGCGUGCGGGCAUGGAGGAUCGGUUCUUGGUUGCUGCCGGAGGAUAUUCCUACACGGAGGUGUGCAAGAUCAUCCAGAAGCGGUUUCCGCAUCUCGUCAACACGGGGCUCACGCCGAACCCGGCUGGGGCGCCGCUGCCGCCGCUGCACUACGCCGUCGACAAUAGCAAGUCCGUCCGCGAGCUGGGAAUGUCCUACCGCCCGCUCGAGACGUGCAUCGUCGAUCUCGUCAACUCGCUGCUGAAGCUUCGGGCAGACGAGGAAGGGGGGGAGGAGGAGCAGCGCGCGCCAGUCUCGGUCACGGAUGUGCGCACCGGAAGGGAACACAGGAGCCAUUCCCUCGUCGGCACGGGGCUGACCGUGUGCGAGUGCGAGGGCAACAUGGGCGUGUGCUCAUGCUCGCCGACAACGUGUGCGUGUCGGGGGUGCGCGCGCAAGAGCUGGAGCAAUCCGACGGCGAGGGUGGCGCAGCACGGGCCGAAGCCGGGGAUGGGCGCCGUGCCGAAGGAGUGGCGGGAGCUCGGAGAUCUGGGCGUGAGUGGGUUGGGCCUGGACGAUAAGCCCAGCGGCGCGGUCUGCGAUUGCGUCGACCCGCAAACCUGCGGUAAGGCUACGACUGGGGUGUGUUUCUAUUCCACGGUGGGCGCGUCGGAUUACAAGGUGGACGAGAGCGAGCAGACGACGGUCGCCGCUUCGGACUACAAUAGGAACGAUGAUUCGCCCAUGCCGACCUCAGACGCGGCGGCAUCGAUGGCGGGGCCGUACCAAACGGCGCGCCACUCGUCCCUCUCAGCAACCGCCGCGCCGUUCGUGCCGAUGUUCAUUGCUGCCCCGGACACGAUGGCGCCACUGAUCGUGCCGGACACGGUCGUUUCCACAUCAUCGGACACACCCGAAGCCACAUUGCUAGCUCCCGCCACGUCCUCUACAUCCACCGUCCCUUCCACAAAGCCAACCGUCAUUUCACCCACUCCAAUCGCGGCUUCCACGCUGGCUACCGACCCCUCCCCCUUGUACGGCGACGACCGACUGUUCGCGGAACUACAGCAAUCCUCGCCCUUCAGUCCCACAAAGUGCACCUGCGGAAACAAGGACGCGCCUACAGACGCGUGCAGGUGUCUUCCCGGAGCCACGGGUUGUCCCUGCGGCGGCCACGAGAAGAAUGUCCACGAGUGCUCUGUGCCGCCGGAUAAGACGACAUGUACGUGUGAGGUCAGUGACGGGGAUGGCAGGAAGUGUACGUGUGAGCCCGGGUGUGCGGGGUGCGAUCAUGGGAAGGAGGGGAAGAGACAUGAGGGAAGCUCGCCGGUCGUGUUGAAUUUGUAGUUAGGUGAGGUGUAAAUAGGUGUAAUAAUUGGGAUGGGAACGUCGGAGGAAUGUUUGGUGCUAGUUCAAGCAUCCACAUGUCUGCGGGAAAUCCAUAUCGAUGUGCUAGGAGGUAUAUAGUAUAGGAAGUAUGCCCAUCGCACUCCUGCCAUACAUAAAACCGUCA